AACAGUUGACGGUGCUCACAUCAGGACUAUCAAUGCCCUGGCCAUGAAACUGGAGAGACAGAACAAGGAAGAGACAAAGACAAUAUACGAGCGCCGAAAGCAUCUCAAUGAGAAGUGGAACAGUUUCCAUGGUAACCUGAAUGCAUACAGGAAGAAAUUAGACGGAGCCCUAGAGUUUCAUGCCUUAAUCAGAGAAAUAGAUGACAUCACAGAAAGAAUUACUGAGAAGAGUGUACUUAUACAAGCACUGGAUUAUGGAAAAGAUGUGGAAAGUGUGGAAAACCUGAUUCGAAGACAUGAAGAAAUGGAGAGAGAAAUCAGUGUUAUAAAGUCCAAAAUGGAGACACUGGAAUUGGGAUCUUUCCGCCUUUCCACAAGGAAUCCAUCCAUAAAUGACAAACUGACUAUGAAGCAGCAGGAGAUGAAAAACAACUGGCUACGACUCCAGGGACAGGCCAAACAAAGGAAGGAGAAGCUGGCAGCUUCAUACCAGUUACAGAAAUUCAACUUGGAGAUGAAGGAGUUACUAGACUGGACCCAAAAUAUCAGAGGGUUAAUGGAAGCAGGGGGGCUUCCUAAAAGCGCAAAUGAAGCCGAAAGUAUGAUUGAGGAGCAUCAGGAGAGAAAGGAGGAGAUUGAAGCACGAGUGGAAAGAUUCAACUCUCUCAGUGACUAUGGUAAAGAACUUGCCAAUUCUGGUCAUUAUGCAACCCCCGAAAUUCACCAGUCCCUCUCCAGACUACAGCUAGCCUGGUCUGAAUUGAUCCAAGCAUGGAAAGAGCGAUAUAUAAAAUUGUUUCAGGCACAAGACUUACAGAAAUUCUAUGGCUACGUGGAACAGAUUGAGAGUUGGCUCAGCAGCAAAGAAGCUUUCCUAGCUAAUGAGGACUCAGGGGACUCACUGUCUAGUGUGGAGAGCCUACAGCAGAAACACACACAGUUUGAAAAAGCACUGGAAGUUCAGAUGGAGAAAAUUGAUGAAAUGGCUUCAUUUUCUCAGCAGCUAACGCGGAAUAAGCAUUAUGACUCAGACAAUAUCACCAACAGAUGCCAGGCCAUUCUGAGGAGAAAAGAGAGACUGCUGGAGAAUGCUGCUGCUCGCAGACAUUUGCUAGAGGAAUCAAGGCUUCUGCAGAAGUUCCUGAGGAAUUCCUUUGAGGUGGCUGCCUGGAUUAAUGAGAAGAAUAGCAUUGCCCAGGAUGAUAGCUGGAAGGAUCCAAGCAAUCUGCAGACCAAACUGCAGAAGCAUCAGACUUUCCAAGCAGAGAUCAUGGCCAAUAAGAAUCAUCUGGACUCCAUCAAAUCUGUGAGAGAAGCGGGGUUAAUGGCAGGGGUGGGCAAUUGGGAUGAAAGACUCUGUGGAUAGUCAGAGUUACAGUGAUCUCAAACAAGUGAGGGGGAAUCACUGUCCCAUCACUGACAUUAUUCAUGUUCUCUCUCUUAGGGGACGGGGAAGCUUGUUCUUUUAGUCCAU